GUCACGUGGAAGCGCAGGAAGUCUCGCGAUAUCCGUGAAUUGCGGGCAACGCGAGAACUCUGAAGCGCAUGCGCGAUGCUGGACGGUGAGAGGGCUUCCGGUACUCGGUACCGCUGAGCGCUGCCGGUGAGAUACGGUUGUCACCAUUAUAGCCAGAGCUGCUGUAUUCUGCACUGUCCAGAGAACAGCAUCGGGGCAGCUGGGAACGCAGCGGUGGAUGGUCAGCAGGGUGCGAGCACCAUAAACCAUGGCUUACCAGCUGUACAGAAACACGACACUGGGGAACAGCCUGCAGGAGAGCUUGGACGAGCUAAUACAGUCUCAGCAAAUCAACCCACAGCUUGCGCUCCAAGUACUGCUUCAGUUUGACAAGGCCAUCAAUUCAGCACUGGCACAACGGGUCAGAAACAGAGUCAACUUCAGGGGCUCAUUAAAUACAUACCGGUUUUGUGACAAUGUCUGGACCUUUGUUCUCAAUGAUGUGGAGUUCAGAGAGGUGACUGAUUUGGUGAAGGUGGAUAAAGUAAAAAUUGUAGCUUGUGACGGAAAAAAUACUGCUUCAAGCACUACAGAGUGAAGAACCCAACACAUUACUUGCAGGGUUUCUGUUGGCUUGCUGCCUUUCCCCAGAAACCAUGGACAAGACUGUUUAUUUAAAUCACUGAUAAUGCCCAGAGGAGCUUUAAAAUUCAAACAGGAUUGUGAGAUUUUGGUAGUCUAACUCCCCUCCUAGUGCACAAAGGUUACUAUAAAAACUUUUUUUUAAUACAAAUGUGAAGUUGCCUUUUAUUUUUUUUAUUUUAUUUUCUUGAAUAUAUGUCUAAUAAACUUUUAUUUAAUAAAUGUGUGUUGAAAAAGA